AUGCCAUCACCAUUUAACAAUGCUAUUGACCAUAUCAGCACUGAUUUGACUUCACCAUCUGUUCCUAGUACUUCUCCUGACAGCAGUGGUACUCCUCAAUCUCCCUAUAAUCCUAGAUCUCCUUUAUCUUUUAGUCCCUCUGCUGUUACAUCCCCUCACAAUCCUUCUAGUACAUCUAGUCCUUCUAAUGCCACAUCUUUUCCUGUGCCUUCUGACCAAAAUCAGAAUCCUCAUGUCUCUUCUCCUGAGUUGUCUAAUCAGUCCAUAGACUUCCCUACUCCUAUUCCUCCUAUAAGGCAUUUUCCACCAUUCUUGAUACCUUAUGAAUACAUCAAUCGAUUAAUGCAAGAAGUUCGAAAGGGAAGAAACAAACCAUACUCCGGCGCAAUGACUUCUUUUGUAGGUGGGUUUGGAGUUGUGCGCAGAGGUAGUACGAGGGAGGUGGUGAAGGAAGACGAUUGCGGUCGUCGAUUGCGGUUCUAA